CACGGUCACCAGAACGCCAUUUAAAACAUGACCAUACGAGCCCGUGCCUCUUAUCACUAGUUUGAACAGGACAAACAGAUCGAUGUGGACUACUAGCAGUGGUAAAGGGCAGAAUUCAGAGUAAAAAAGAGAGGAAAAGAUGUCGUUCGAAGGAAAGAUUUACCAAGAUUUGACCACGGAUGAGGUUUCACCUUCUCAUCGACGAAUAUUUGGACAAGGUCUGUUUGCAGAAAUUGGUGAAUAUACAUUUCAACACCAGCGACUGGUUGUACUAAGCCUGGGCCUGCUAAAUGCUGCUUUACUGAUUUCUGCUGCUGUCAUUGGGAUUUACUGUGCUAACGCCAAAGACCUUCAGGUUCCUGAUUUAGCUGCUUCACCCCUCCUUGUUGAGGUGAACUUCCUCCGCAACCACACGGAUCUAAUAAGACAGAGAAAGGAGGCCCAGAACUCACUGGAGAAAGAGCGUGCCAACUAUGUCCAACUAAAGCUGGACGUGAGGCAGAAGAAGACUCUGACUGACAGCCUUCAGAAGAAAAUUAGCAACCUGCAAACAGAAAAGACAAAUCUCCUGUCCAAUGCAUCUGCUCUUGAGAAAAACUGUGGCAGAUGCCCUUCAGGAUGGCUCCUACUGAAAACGUCAUGCUACUACUUUUCUAACUAUGAACUGGAAUCAAGAAAGAACUGGUCAGACAGCAGAGCUGACUGCAUUCGCCAAGGAGGCGACCUGCUCAUAAUCAACAGCUUGGAGGAACAGCAACUCAUAAGUAUGAAUUUUCCGAGGACAGACAGCAGUAGCAUGUGGUGGAUGAACGGGUUCUGGAUCGGCCUAAGUGAAGUGAACCAUCUGGGAACGUGGACAUGGACAAACAAUGUGACAGAGACAUCCGUAAUGUACUGGAGAAGUGGGCAACCCAGUCAUACUGGACCUCAGAGUGGGAACUGUGCUGCUUUUCAUUACUAUGGAGACACUAUGAGGACUUGGUACACUGGAAACUGCCAGCAGCAUCUACUGAACUGGAUCUGUGAGAUCAGGCAAAGCAAUACAUGAAAUCAUUUAAACAUGCAUA